UCUUCCGAUCUCAUGGGCAAGAUGGGGAUGAUGGUCAAUUUUAAUGUCUCGAGAAACACGAGGUUUGCCCAUUUGUUGAGCUUUUUGGAAAGCAAUAAAGAUUAUUUGAGGAUCAAUGCUGUCUCACUUCAAGCAGCGAGUAUUGAAGGACAAUUUCGCAGAAUUGGGCUUAUAAGUCACUUCAGAGAACGCGGAGCUUGGAUCCCCAGUGACAAAUUUGAAUGGAUAGUCCAGCGAAGAAGGAGAAAAUUAAUUCAAAACCAAAAUAAUUGGACCCGAGUUACCAAAGGUGCCCUACGUCGCCAGCAAUUCGCUGCAAUGCUCUAUAAAAAAAUACUGCAUGUUAUUGCAUCAUGGAACCCGUAUCUAUUUUCUAUUAUAUUCGCCUCGAUUGCCUUGAUUUUAACCAUGAUUGUUUCUGGGGCGUCAAAGUUUCCUAACAUCCAUUCACCAGAAUUAUUAUUGAAUCCUGAUAAUUAUACCCUACAGAAAUUAAUUCCUCUGGUUUUUGUAGACGACGAUGAAGAUGCUCGAAGUUUCUUCACAAUCUUCGACCAAACGUGUCAGAAAUUCAAUAUGAGCCCCCUUCAUAUCACGCAAAAUAUGACAGCGUCGGACUUGAUAGCUCAUCCGGAAAUGCAUUCAAUAAGCUUUCGAGAGCGAUAUUUCAUGGCAAUUGAUAUUCUAAAAGAUAAUAAAAUAGAAUUACUGUACUCACCUGUCCUCAUACACAGUGGACCAAUAUCGCUGAAUUUGUUGCACAGCGCACUCUUAUUGCAUAAUUCCCAGUCGAUGGAUACUCAAAUAAACUUAAUGAGUCGACCUCUGAUGGACCCUGAUAAUUGGCAAUACCGAAUAGCCCAUGGAAAAGGCAUAAAAAACUGGGAAAACGCCGUGGUCAUCACAACCCUCUUCAUUCUUCUACCGACUGUUGACCUGGGUGUCAGAGAGUCCAGAACAAUUGCCAAGUUGCUGCAAUUAAAUACCCAUCGGGUCAGUACGUUCGUUUAUUGGCUGCCGACAUAUUUUAUUGACAUUAUCAUUUAUUUGAUUUCUCUGCUCAUUACCUCCGUAAUAAGUUUCUCAGCUUACCGACAUGCUAUUACUGUUUCACCAGUUGUUGUAGCUGAAUUAUUUAUUAUCUUUUGGUGCUACGGGGCAGCAGCCAUUGCAAUGGGUUACUGCAUUCAAUUAUGGACAAAUCAUACUGGAAGAGUUUAUUUUUAUAUUAUGAUUAUCAACUUAUUAACUGCAAUCGUAAUCAAUCCAGAAAUACUAUUUCCGUUUAUAAUGUACAACAUAAAUCCAAAUUUUCAAAAAUACGCCGAAAUAGUCUUCCACAUAUUUCCACCUUAUGUUUUUUCCUGUGCAAUAGGAAAUUUCAUCGCCAUUAAAUUGUACAAUAAACAAUGCUCUGAGCACAAUGAUUGUGACAAUAAAUUUGCUUUGGAAGAUCCUUGUUGCUACAACUGCGAACAUAAUUUAUGCUUCAAUCCAUUGAACGAAUGGAUAGACUCGCAAACAGAUGCCUCCUUUCGUCACUCGGUAAUAAAUGACGUUAUUCUUUUGAUUUCACAGGCGGUUUGCUUCCAUUUGAUACUUAUUAUUUUUGAGCCAACCAGCCGAAGAAGAUGGUAUGCUAAUAAACCUCCUAAAGAAACAGUUGGUCCAAAAGAAGAAGAUCUUGUUAAAGAACAAGAAAUAAUUGAUAAAUUAGUUGAUCAAUAUGAAAAAAGUCAAUUUGUUCCUAAAAGGAAUGCCGUGAUUGUCAAAGGCCUAUCAGCUAAAUAUAAGAAAAAAGAAACUCUUCGCAAUGUGAAUUUUCGAAUCAAUAGACGGGAAUGUUUUGGAUUGUUGGGGAUGAAUGGAGCUGGGAAAACAACAAUUUUUCGGGCACUUGUUGGCGAAUCACGAGCUAAUAUUGAAAAAGCAUUAAUUUGUGGUAUCGAUUCUUCCCUAAAUGAUGAUAAAUUUUACGGAAUGAUUGGAUACUGUCCUCAAAAAGGCGGGCUAAUUGAUUUUCUCACUGGAAGACAGAGUUUAUUUUUCUUCGCAGCUUUAAGAGGAGUCCCUUGGAAGAAUAUUCGCGAUGAAGUUGAUAAAUGGCUUGAUAUUUUUGAUAUGUUGGAAUUUGAAAACAUUCCUCUGAAAAAUUGCGCGUGGGGUGUGAGAAGAAAAAUGUGCGUGUUACAAAGUCUUAUUGGGGACUUACCGAUUAUUUUCCUGGAUGAACCUUCUUCUGGGAUGGACAUAAUUGGCCGUAGUGCGCUUGAUGAGACUCUGUAUCAGCUUCGUGAAAUGGGUAAAUGUAUCUUCUUGACGACACACAGCAUUGAAGAAGCAGAAGCUCUUUGCGACCGGGUGGGAAUUUUAGCAGACGGUUAUUUGGCCACUGUGGGAUCUUGCGAACGUCUUGUUGAAAAACAGGGAAAUAAAUUUAUUUUGAAGGUUAUUUUAGACCCACAAACGUCGUUGUACACUGUUGAUUUUAUUUUGAAGUCUAUCGAAGAAGCGCUUCCAUCUUCUGUGUUUUUGGGCCGUCAUCUUGAUGUAUUGUCAUAUGAAUUCGAAAAAACAGACGACCUUGAGAGUGUAUACAGUAUCCUGAAUGCCGUGAAAUUAAAACACUCUGAAAUAACAAACUAUUUUAUAAACCAGCAAAGUCUUGAGCAAGUUUAUCAUCAACUCAGUAGAGAAAUUUAUCAUCAAGAGGAAGACUCUGACCAAAUGUCUCCUGUUCAGAGACUCAUGGAAGCAAUUCGGAUUUUUGAACGUCGUAGCACUGACAUGACGUUUUAGCAACAUUAGCAACUUGACAGGUAAAUACUUGAUCAUGCGCAAGAGGUCUUUGAUCGUAUAUAUAGUUUCUAGAAAAGACUACUCAGUUCGUCCUGAACCACGUGGUGUUUACGUUUAUAUAUUUUGUAUCAAUUAACCUAAAACAAAAAUGAAAGUAAAA